GGGGGUGUACCCAGGCUUUCUGAAACAGUAUCUUUACAAGAGCCCCUGUAAGAACCCCUUACACCAGGAUGGAAAGGAAGCAGAGUGAGCAGAGGAAUAACUGCAGGGAAUAACUCAUAGAGAUGCAGCAAAAUGCCCCGAAAGAUGAAAAACGAGGCUGCAAUUAAAGUCGAGCAUGUUGGGAUGGAGAUUGAUGUUGCGUCAGACAGUGGAAGUGAAGAUGAGGCCAGACGGAGGUUUAGAAAAGUAAGAGCCAAACCUCAACGUAAAUUCAAACCAGUCAGCGAUCAGGAGGACGACGAAGAUGAUGAGGAGGACGAGGCACCGAGAAAGAGAGUACGAAAGAAGAAGGUCAAGCCCCGGGACAGCGAUGAAGAGGAAGACAACCAGAGUGUGAAAAGAAAAAGUUCAAAAGCACCGAGGAAGAAAGCCAAGGAAGAGAGCGAGGAGGAGAGCGAAGAAGAAAGAGAGAAAAGGAGAAAGCGAGGGACGGACUUGUCCAAAAAGAAGAAAGAGGACCAGAACAAGGAGAAGAAGGGAAAUGUUAAAGGGAAACCAAAUAAGAAUAUGGGUGGUGACCAUGACAAGAAAAAGAAGAGUGGGAAAUUGAGCAGCUCGUCUUCCGCCUCCUCUAUUUCUGGUGAAGAAUCGCUGUCGGAGGGAGAGAUCGCAGCCCUGAAGGAGCAGGUAGAGGAGAAGAAGAAACUGAUUGCUACGUUGAGGAACAAACCCUGGCGCAUGAAGAAGAGGCUUGUGCUGCUCAAGGAUGCACAGGGGUUUGUUGAAACAUUUGAAGGAGCACUUGGGAAAGGAAAAGGAAAGAAGUUGUAUGCAUUCAAAGUCCUGAUGACCAAGAAACUGAUCAAGUUCAAACGGGACUUUGAGAACUUUAAGACAGCCUGUAUACCCUGGGAGAGGAAGAUAAAGGACGUAGAAAGUCACUUCGGUUCAUCGGUGGCGUCCUACUUUAUUUUCCUGCGCUGGAUGUACGGCCUGAACAUGGUGCUGUUUGGGUUCAUGUUUGGCCUGGUGGUUCUGCCCGAGAUUCUCAUGGGUCUUCCGUACGGCUCCAUUCCCAGGAAAACUGUCCCUCGAGAGGAGCAAGACACGGCCAUGGACUUCUCCGUGCUCAUCGAUUUUGGAGGAUUCUGCAAGUACUCCUUUUUGUUCUACGGAUACUACAACAACGAUCGAACGAUCGGGGUGCUGAAGUUCAGACUCCCUCUUUCGUACUUGCUGGUGGGAGUCGGCAUCUUUGGAUACAGCCUGAUGGUCGUCAUAAGAACGAUGGCUCGUAACUCAAAUGAAGGCGGUGACGGGGGGGAGGAGGGAGAAUUCACCUUCAGCUGGAAGAUGUUCACCAGCUGGGACUACCUGAUAGGAAACCCAGAGACUGCGGACAAUAAGUACGCCUCCAUUACCACCAGCUUCAAGGAGUCCAUCGUGGAUGAACAGGAGAACCAGAAAGAUGAGAACAUCCAUCUCCGACGCUUCCUCCGGGUUCUGGCCAACUUCCUGAUCACAUGCACUCUCGGAGGCAGCGGAUACCUCAUCUACUUUGUUGUGAAACGUUCGCAGGACUUUGCAAAGAUGCAACAAGAAAAACUCUCGUGGCUUGAAAAAAACGAGGUGGAGUUUGUGAUGUCUCUGUUGGGGCUAGUGUGUCCUCCUCUGUUUGAAACCAUCGCAGAAUUGGAAAAUUAUCACCCUCGUAUCGCCCUCAAGUGGCAGCUAGGACGAAUCUUUGCCCUUUUCCUUGGAAACCUUUACACAUUCCUCUUCGCUCUAUUUGAUGAGGUUAAUGAAAAGCUGGAGAAGGAGAAGUCCAUCAGGAAUGCCACUAUAUGGAAUUUGCAACAGUACCACGCCAACUACAGCUCCUACUUCAACACCACAGAUGUGCCACCUCCAAAUGUGUCCCCGGCCGAUGUCAUCAGAGGACCCUGCUGGGAGAAUGCAGUGGGAAUAGGAUUUGUGAAGCUGGUCGUGUCGGACAUUCAGGUGAGCUACCUGACCAUCCUGGUGGGGGACUUUCUGCGAGCUGUCAUCGUCCGCUUUCUCAACUACUGCUGGUGCUGGGACCUGGAGGCCGGAUUUCCUUCAUAUGGGGAGUUUGACAUCAGUGGAAAUGUGCUGGGGCUUGUCUUCAACCAAGGAAUGAUAUGGAUGGGAGCAUUUUACGCUCCCGGUCUGGUGGGUGUGAACAUUCUGCGUCUCCUGUCCUCGAUGUACUACCAGUGCUGGGCAGUGAUGUGCUGUAAUGUUCCUCACGAGCGAGUUUUCAAGGCCUCGCGGUCCAACAACUUCUACAUGGGGCUGUUGCUGCUGGUGUUGUUCCUCAGCGUGCUGCCUGUUGUCUACACCAUCAUGACCUUGUCCCCGUCGUUUGACUGUGGGCCGUUCAGUGGCCAAGACAAGAUGUACGACGUUGUCAUGGAGACUAUAGAACAGGACCUCCCAUCCUUCUUAGCAAACAUUUUCACAUAUGCCACAAACCCAGGACUUAUCCUGUCUGCAGUCCUCCUCAUGUUGUUGGCCCUCUACUACCUGAAUGCCGUGUCAAAGGGAUACCAGCGAGCAAACUUGGACCUUAAAAGGAAGAUGAAAAUGGCACGAGACGAAGAGAAGAACCGCAGGAACAACAAGGACAGCACUAAUCAAGUGAUGAAAGACUUGGAGGACCUGCUGCCAAACAAGUGUCUAAUACCGCCUCCCAUCGCAGAGGAGCCAGCCCCACUUGAUGCUGUAAUUACAAAGGGCAGCAAGUCUCCCAAGAUAAAACCAGGUGCAGCGGUAAAAGGGGUAAAUCUGCAGAAGGAUGUGUCGCUGGCUGCUCCAAACCCCAGAGCUGCAGUGACCUGUGCCCCGCGGCCAAGAGGUGGACCUCCUGGGAAUUCCAGGGGACCUCAACCUGGACCUGGUAGAGGAAGAGGUCAGGGUAGACCCCCAAGGCGACACGAGUUAUGAUCCAUGGACUGAAAUAAUUUACCGUAGAUCACUGUCAUACUGUGAAUGGAGAGUGCCACUGCAAUAUCUUCUUUAAAGACUCUUUCUUUUAAUUGUCUAAAAUAAAUUAUGAACACACAUUCAUUUAUUAACAGUUACUGUUAUAACUGAGUAUUUCAAAUGUGCAAUACUUAAUACUUAAUCAAGUAUUAUUAACCAGUGACAAUGGUCACUUAACCAGUUAAUCAAUGCAAAAGCACACUACAACAUCCACAGUCCGGUCCCUUAAUAUCUGCAAAUUGAAGGUGGAAAUGAGUUGAGAGUGUGUGGAAAGUAAAUGACACAGACAUUACUGUUUUACCUGUACCCGCACUAAAAUGUAUAAAACAUAAAAUCAUGUUUACUGCA